AUGGCAGCAGUAUUUGGGGCACAUCAUCAUCAUCGAUCUACAACAACCCCCAAGCCAACAACCCCAACUACCACUCAAAAGCCAACCCCAGAGUCCUUUGAAUACGGCUACACAUUCUUCUUUUAUGAUAACAUUUCUCAUUACAUAUGCUCUAUCCACGUGACGAGAUUAAAUAGAUUAUGUUUGUGUUACCAUGUGCCGUACGAUGAGAGGGAUAGCGCACAUGAUCCAAACACUGCUUUAGACAUUGAAAAAAGGAUGUAUGCUUUGUAUGAUGCUGGACACCACACCCCAAUGAACGAUCUUCAGUUCUACAGCAAGACCAAUUAUGAUAUGUGUAUCGAUCAUGGUAAAAAUCUCAACACCACCAUAGAGCUUGUAUAUCCGUAA